AAUCGAAUGAGAUAUUUGUGUGUAGAAGAUGUUCGACAAUCUAGAGUGCCGCGAAAAACUAUCGAAAAUCGGCUACUAAAAGAAAACUAUUUGCAUCCAUUACCGAUGCUCUCACCAAUCAAUCAAAAACGUUUGUGGUUUUAUUUAUUUAUCAUUUUGUAGUCGCGCUGUGUGUCGGUUUCUUUAAAUUUUAGUUUUUUUUUAUUAUUACCAUAGUGUGAUGGUAUUAUAGUGUAGUAAAAAUAUGGUGGUAGUGAUGGUAAAUAGAUGAAAUCAGUGUUACCGACAUAAUACACACGAAAAUUUUGAAAAAAGUGAAGUGUUACCAACAUCAGGUUGUAAAAAGAAAUAAAAAUGGAGAAUUGGUGGUGCCGUUUUGCCGUACAACAAUAUUAAUUCGCUGUGUAUUAUUAGACAAACUGUGCAUUUUAGUGUAAAUAAUAUUGAUAAACUCUAGUCGUUAGUUUGUUAAGUGUUUGUAGCUAAGUGAAAAUCGGAAAACCGCAGAAAAAUCGACGGUAAAAACAAUUUUCGCGUCAAGUGUAUGGUUCGGCAUUUUUUUUUUAAUGAUGGUGGUAGAAAAUGAAACGCUUGCUUUUGUCUCGCAUCAAAAUACGGAACAUCAUGCAUGCCAACAACGCACCAUUUUCCAUUGAAUGAAAUUCAAUCCACCACACUUUCCAUUUAAAUAAUUAUGGAAGAGUCAUCAUCGUCAACCGAUCGUUUAGUGGAUGACGAUCAUCUGCCAAUGAUCACAUUGACCAACUAAAUGCACACAAUCCAAUAAAGGAGAAACCAAGAAAACCAAGUAAAAAGAAAAGGAAAAUCCUCCGGAAGAAAAAUUUCAAAAAAUUGGAAAAGUCUCGUGACCACCAUACACACAACCGGACAUUUUUUUAACAUUAACGUACAUUGGAGACCAAUACUCUCUCCUUGAAGCAAAUUUUUUUUAUAUUUUGUUAGAAUUUUGUUUGUCUAUUUUGUAUUCCGUUCAAAAAAACACCGCCAGCGAAUAACAUCGUGUUGGAGCAGAAAACUGACCCCACUGCUAAUUUAUACAUAUGAACAAGGACGAAGCGGACAGAGUUUCGUUAUUAAAUUAUUACACGCUUAGUAGAUAUUAAUAGAGUAACGUAACAAAGUGCAAAGUUUACUCGAAAUUAAAUUAUUUGAUAAUUUGUCUAAUUCUAAAUGGAUGGAAAUGCGCAGAAUAUGUUUCACGGAAAUCAUCAAGGUGAUGCAUACUACCGAUACGAUGCAGCCGCACCACGACCGAUGGGACCACCUGGCGCGUACGCCCGACAUCGUGCUCCACAUCCGUUGCAACAGCAACAACCCCAAUAUCCAUCAUACCAAUCACCUGCGGACAACAUGUAUUCCAUGGGUGAUCAACACGGCGGUUUAGCUGGUCUUGGUGAUUUGGGUGGAUGGGGAACGCCGGCCAAUGCACAAGCUGGUCCAUAUCCGGCAAGUGGAAUGGCAUACGGACAUCCACAAGCUGCACCACAGUCGCAACGUCAAUCACAAUCACAGGCUGGCUAUCGGCAACACAUUUCCGCGUAUCCACAACAAGAUCCGCAGAAAAUGCAAUUUCCUGGCCAGCAAGGACUGAUGCUCCAACAGCAAGGCUAUGGAGCGUUGAGUCAACAACAAGCCCAGCAACAACGUGUUCCACAGCAUUACAGCCAAGCAGCUGCGCAUCCGAUGUAUCCGGGAGCCCCCCAAGCUCAACCGACGAGUCAAUCGCAGUAUGGAUCGUAUGCGUCAACGGCGGCAAUGCAACAUCAAUCGAGUCGACCACCACAACAUGUAUCUUACGGACAUAGCCAAUUAGAUCAGCCAAGUUAUCAACAUUUAACUAAUUCGGCAGCGCCCAAUCUGCAUUUGCCAAGUGCCCAAAGUCAGCCCCAACAACAUUCGAAUCAUCCGAGUCAACAGAGUCAAGGUCAUUUGGGUCAAGCACAGCAGAGUCACAUAUCACAUCCAGUUCAGCCACAAUCUCAAAUUCAUUCAAAUCAGGUUGUUCAUCCACCGCAACAGCAAGCACAUCCGCAGAACCAUUCACAGCAUCCUGGACUUGUUCCUCAUUCAAAUGUCCAACAAAGUGCAUCAAAUAUACCGACAAGUGUACAGCAAUCUCAUUCGAAUUUGGGCCAUUCGCAGUCACAACAUCCCCAACAGCAGGCUCAACUUCAAAAUCUAAUGCAUCCCGUCGGAUCUGUGCCCGUUCAACUUCAACCGCCUUUAGUUUCUCAACAGCAGCAACAACAAAAUCAAACGGGCCAUCCAAUCGGCCAACAGCUCGGUUUACAAAUGCCACAUAAUCAUCCUGUGCAAGGCUAUGGAGUACCACAUCCGAACCAAUCUGGGCCACAGCAAACACCAUACAUUACACCAUCGAAGCCACAAUCACAAUCACAGCAACAACAGCAAUCCCAAGCUCAACAAAUGGGUAGUAGUCCACAGUAUCGAGCGCCAUUUCCCCAAUUAUCACCACAAAUGUCACCGCGACCACCUCAAAUGUCGCCACAUUCACAAAUGUCUCCACGACAAGUAAUGUCGCCCGCCAAACCAUUACAACAAACUCCACUAUCACCACAUCCGCAUAUGCCGAGCGGUCCGAGCCCACGACCUAAUCAGCAAUCUGGCAUGCCCACUCAGCAGUCAUCUAAGGCAUCAUCCGGAUCGGUGUCCACAUUGCAAGCAUUGGAACAGAUGGUAAUGCCUCCGUCCAACAAUAACGGUGGCAAUAACAUUGAAUAUCCGCCGUCACCGUAUCGGCCGCCAUUGCAUCAACAGCAACAGCUGCAAUCGAAUCCGCUGUCACCAAUGGGACCACGAAUGCCAAUGUCGCCCCAACAUCAACAAUGGCCAGCAAUUAAUCGACCGUCUAGCGGUCUAGGAAAUAACACAAAUUUAAAUCAUCAGCAGCAGCAACAACAGCAACUUAUGUACGAUCAACAAAACAUGCCACAGAAAGUAUACGCACAAUUACCAUCUAUGUCGCAAAUGAAUGAAUUAACUCCCCUAUCGAUGCCACCGACCAGUCGAAGUUUGUCACCGUUCAAUAUUGCCGAACUGGACAGUAAAAAGCCAAGCGAAUACAGUAUGAUGCAACAGUCGUCUGAGCCGGCACUAAGCAUACCGAAUUUAGUCAAUCAAGAUACUCCGGUAUCGACGGCCGACGUUAAUUUGCUCGAUCCAUUUUCGGCUGUCAUGGAACCAAUUGCACCAACCGUGACGCCCGUUCCUAUAGAGAAAACUCAUUCGGAAAAUACUCAUCAACUUCAACAGCAGAUGCUACAUCAGCCUCAACUCCACCGACAUGAUGACAUACCACAACAGCAGCAGCAGCAACAACCAUCACUUCAGCAUCAACAAUCAAUGAUGGCUGAUCAACAGCUGCAGCAACAUAGUUCAUCAACAAAUUUACAAAAUCAAAAUCAGAUCAAUCAAUCACAACAGUUGCAUCAACCGCAACUCAAUACACCUCCUCAACAACAACAACAACAAAUUGAACCACAUCACGCAUUGCAAGCAUCGACCAAUGACGAUUCAUCGAUGAUGCAAUCGCUGAACGACAAUUCGAAUUCGAACAAGUCGAUGCCGGCACAGUCAUUGGAUGUCAUGAAAUUAUCCGAAUCCGAUUCGACGAAUGAAAAUUCGAAUCAUCCGCAGGAGAAUAUCAAUGAAGAAAGCAUGUCUUCGCUUCGUGGCAAUGACGAUCAAAGUCAAGACGGACUGUCAGCUGAAACAAUGAAAAGUAUAACUGAAACAUUACGAUCGCCUGAAGCCAGUCCGCCGCCACAAGAAGAACCGGAACCGGAUCCACAACCUAUCGAAUCGACACAUUCGGAACCAGAGCCAAUGCCACAAGAGUCUCAAGCCGAAAGUGUACCAUCACCGACACCAGAAGAAAGUUCGGAAACAAAUGAAAUUGAAGCAACACUGCCCACCACCGAACCAACGCCAGUUGAACCAGCUCCAAUUACACCACCAAUCGUAAUUGCAGCUCCGAUCGCUCCUUCUAUUACACCGCCCGAAGAGAAUCUUCCAAUAGUGGAGUCGACUUCACAAGCGGAACCCACACCAACUGCACAACCGCAAAUAACAACGAACGUACAGACACAACCGACUGCCGUAUCGAGUGCAACUCAGCCUGCUGUUGUACAGAAUGCAUUGAAUGCCCAGUCACAGAUGAUGCAACCGACAGUGCCCAUGACUAUGAUGCCUGGGCAAACCAUGUACGAUCCAAUGUUGAUGGGAGCUCGUCCGCCAGUGGCUACAACCGGAAUGCAUGGAAUGAUGGGUUAUCCACCAGCUCCAAUAACUCAUCACGCUGAAAGGGCUGCGUUGCAACAACAAUUACAGGAAAUGUACUGCAUGCCACCGAAUCAAGAAAUUCAAGAGAAAAUUGUUAGACUCCAAGAACGAUUGAAUUUGCUCAGUCAACACGAGGCAAACGAUCAGUGUACUGGUGGACCACAAUGUAUAUUACAAAGUCCAUUGUAUUCAGCGCCAAUGAUCGACAGUCCACAAGUAUCAAGUACGACUGGACGAGGUCGUGGCCGAGGAUCGUCAAAGCCCAGAAAACCCCGAAUUAAGAAAGCAGAAAAGUUACUAUUGCAACAGCAACAGCAGCAACAACAACUAUCACAAAUCAGUGCCGAUUCUGGAGACAGUUUACCGUUGAAAAAUCCAGAACAAUUACCGGUGUCCGAGGAUUGUGUCACACCCGGCGCUGGAUUGGCCGGCCUGACCGAAUUGAGCAACGAAAUGACUGAUUUGAACGAAGGUGACGACCAGUCGCAAGAUAGAUCAUUUGCUGAUCUCGAUGCAUCAACAACCGAGGGUCGAAAAACGAAAAAACCCCGAAAGCCUCGCACGCCCAAAGAUCCGAAUAAGAUCAAACCAAAAGCUCCGAAAGAGCCAAAGGAACCGAAAGAGCGCAAGAAGCGUGAACCACGUGAUCCCAAUGAACCGAAAAAGAAACGCGGUCGCAAGCCCAAUGCUGAAAAACAGUUGCUGGAUCAAAGCGGCGAUCAAUCAAUGUCGUUGGACACAAGUACCGAAUUAAAUCGUACCGACGACGCAUCGUCACCGAUUCCAACGAAUCAGUCUGAUGAUGGUAAGUCAAAUGAUGGAAAUAAUCUGUUGGGAGGAAGUGAUGAAGUUACCGAUUUUGAUGACAUUCCAGUGUCGAAAAUUCCAAUAAAAAGCUUGCUAGAAGAUGCAGCUAAAAAGGCUGAAUUGGAAGGUGAAAAUUCGCAAAGUUCCAUGCCCGAAGAUGGUAGCACGCCGAAACGAAGUAGAAAAUCAACCGGUGGUCCACGACCAGGCAGUGGACGAAAGCGAGGCAGUACAAAGAGUGGCAAAAAGCGCUUGAGACACCGCGGACGCAUUGUACCCGAAUCGGAUGGCGAAGCCGAUGAUUUGAUAACAACGCCACCACCCAGUCCGCCGAUUGAUCCUGAAUUCGAUAGUUCCAAGCGACGAUCGGCUCGUAACACUCAACGCAAGAAGUAUGUCGAUGAUGUUAUGCUGAGUAUAUCGGAUGAAGAGUCCGGAAUCAUUUCGCCGACCCCAGUCAAAAUUCCGAAGGAAAAGAAAGACGAUUCGGAGAAGAAGGAUGCGGAUGGUGAAGAUUUGGACAAAACUGAUGAAGGCGAUGAAGUUUCUACCACCGAAAAUGUGGACAGUGCUGAGAAGAAGGAAAAGGUGGAAAAACCAGAAAAGAGAAGUGAAAAGGCGGAAAAAUCAACGGAAAUCGAUAACAAACCGAACUACGUGUACGUAAAUACGACGGACGAAGACUCAAUGGUCGUUCAGCAUGUGUUGGCAAUGCGAAUGGGUAAACGGGAAUUGUUACCAGAACCGAAACAAAAGAAACGAAAACCGAAAAAGGAAGAUGAAAAGUCCGUCAAAGAUGAGGCGGAAAAAGAAAACGAGGAAAAAGACGAGAAGAUUGAGGAGAAAUCGGAGGAGGAUAAACCAGCCGAUGAAACUACUGACGUCAAACCUGAAAAAGAAGACGUCGAAAUGUUAGAGGUGCCAACAAUCCCUAAAGAAACUGACGAAGAAAGUGAAACGAACGAUGACCCGAAAUCCAACAAAGAUGCUCCAUCUACGGACACUGAAGAAGAGGAAGCUGUGGUAACAGAGAAAGUGGAUAAGGAGGAGAAGGAGGACAAAAAAGAAGAAGUCGCCGAGAAAGAGGAAAUGGAGGUGGACGAAACCAACGAAGAUACCGUUGAAGACAAAGACGAGAAAAUGGAGGAUGAGGAGGAGGAAGAGGACGUAGCAUCGCCCAAAGAAGUCACAGAAAAAGUCGACGAUAAGUCAGAUAAUGACGAGACCAAAGAAAUUGAACCGAAAGUCGAAAAGAAAAGCGAUGACACAGAGCCAAAAGUCGAAACCGAUGCAUCGUCAAACAAAUCCGAUUCGGAUUCAGAUUCAUCAUCCGAUUCGGAAGACGAAAAGGAUAAACCACCGCCAGUUAUGGUCGAUGUGGAAGAGUAUUAUGUGAAAUAUCGCAACUUCUCGUAUCUGCAUUGUGAGUGGCGAACCGAAGAGGAAUUGUUCAAGGGAGAUCGUCGCGUUGCCGCCAAAAUCAAACGUUUCCAAUUGAAGCAAGCGCAACAAAUGAACAUUUUCGAAAAUCUCGAUGAAGAUCCCUUCAAUCCGGACUUCAUUGAAACGGAUCGUGUAUUGGACGUAUCCGAACACACCGACUCGCAGACCGGUGAAAAGGCCACACAUUACCUUGUCAAGUGGAAGAGUUUACCGUAUGAAGACAGUACAUGGGAAUUGGAGAAGGACGUAGAUCCAGUCAAAAUUGAGCAAUUCUAUCAAUUCACCAAAAUUCCACCGAAAGACAAAUGGAAACCGAAACGUAGACCAACUGCUGAACAGUGGAAACAGUUGCCGGAGACACCUGUCUACAAAGGCAACAACACGCUGCGACCGUAUCAAUUGGAAGGAUUGAAUUGGUUGAAAUUUUCGUGGUACAAUUCGCACAAUUGUAUCUUGGCCGAUGAAAUGGGUCUGGGUAAAACCAUUCAAAGUUUGACCUUUGUCCACUCGUGCUACGAGUAUGGAAUGCGUGGACCAUUUUUGGUUAUUGCUCCACUGUCGACCAUUCCCAAUUGGCAGAGAGAAUUCGAAAGCUGGACCGACUUAAACGUUGUCGUUUACCACGGUUCGGUGACUAGCAAGCAAAUGAUUGCCGAAUAUGAAUUUUACUACAAAAACGACAAUGGCAAGACUAUCAAAGACUUGAACAAAUUUAAUGUUUUGAUCACAACGUUCGAGAUGAUUGUCACCGACUACGCUGAUUUGAGAUUAUUCAAUUGGCGAGUAUGUGUUAUCGACGAGGCUCAUCGCUUGAAGAACCGUAACUGCAAACUGCUCGAAGGCCUACGACAAUUGAACUUGGAACAUCGAGUUUUGCUGUCCGGAACCCCACUGCAGAACAAUGUCAACGAAUUGUUUUCGUUGCUGAAUUUCCUCGAACCGACACAAUUCGCUAGCUGCGAUGCUUUCCUCAAGGAAUUCGGUAGUCUGAAAACCGAAAGCGAGGUACAGAAAUUGCAAGCCCUGCUGAAACCGAUGAUGUUGCGUCGUCUAAAGGAUGACGUGGAAAAGUCAUUGGCACCGAAAACGGAGACAAUUGUCGAGGUGGAGCUGACCAAUAUCCAGAAGAAAUACUACCGCGGCAUCUUGGAGCAGAAUUUCUCGUUCUUGAAGAAAGGAACGACGGCACAGAAUAUUCCAAAUCUGAUGAACACCAUGAUGGAGUUGCGAAAGUGCUGUAUUCAUCCGUAUCUGCUGAACGGAGCCGAAGAUCAAAUCCAAUACGAUUCUCGACACACCCACGGUGAAGAUCCCGAUUCCUACUACAAAAACUUGAUUUUAUCCGCCGGUAAAAUGGUGCUCAUUGACAAACUGUUACCGAAACUGCGGUCGAACGGCCAUCGAGUGUUGAUAUUCAGUCAGAUGGUUCGUUGUUUGGACAUUCUAGAAGAUUAUCUGAUUUACCGCAAGUAUCCGUUUGAACGAAUUGAUGGUCGGAUUCGCGGUAAUUUGCGUCAGGCUGCCAUCGAUCGAUACUCGAAACCAGAUUCCGAUCGAUUUGUAUUUUUGCUGUGUACAAAGGCUGGUGGUUUGGGUAUUAAUUUGACCGCUGCCGAUACGGUCAUCAUCUACGACAGUGAUUGGAAUCCACAGAACGAUUUACAGGCACAGGCUCGUUGCCAUCGUAUCGGACAACAGAAAAUGGUGAAAAUCUAUCGUCUGCUGUGCCGUAACACAUACGAACGUGAAAUGUUUGACAAGGCCUCGUUGAAAUUGGGUCUGGACAAGGCUAUUCUACAGAGCAUGAACACCGGCCUCAAUUCAUCCGGCAAGGAGACCGGAACACGUCAAUUGUCUAAGAAAGAAAUCGAAGAUUUACUGAAGAAAGGUGCCUACGGUGCCGUAAUGGACGACGAUAACGCGGGUGAUAAAUUUUGCGAAGAAGACAUCGACUCGAUUUUGGAGCGUCGAACGCAAGUUAUUACCAUGGAGUAUGAGAAAGGUUCAACGUUCUCCAAGGCAUCAUUUGCCGCUUCCGGUAAUAGAUCGGAUAUUACGAUUGACGAUCCAGAUUUCUGGACGAAAUGGGCAAAGAAGGCGGAAAUUAACGAAAAUGCCGGCGAGCCGGAACAGGAAGAUUUGAUCAUUGCCGAACCGAGACGACGCACACAAAUCAAACGCUAUGGCCACGAUGAGGGUGUCAUGGAUAUGUCCGAAGAAUCGGCACAAUCUGCACAGUCCGAUGAAGAAGAGGGCAUGGGCCUGCGUAGCAAACGAAAACGCGACAAAUUCAAGAAGGGUAAACCCGGAAACGACGAUUACAUUCCCAGAGAUCGUGACACAUUGGCUGCUCUCGGAAUGGAAGAUGUUACGUACGGAUCGUGGGCCCGAUCUGAAUGCUUCAAAGUGGAAAAGGGUUUACUGUCCUAUGGAUGGGGCCGAUGGACUGAAAUCAAUGAACAAGGCCAGUUCAAACGUGGCUGGGCAUUGUCCGACAUCGAAGAUUGUGCGCGAGUAAUUCUUCUCUACUGUCUGCAAGUGUACCGCGGCGACGAGAAAAUUAAGAAUUUCAUUUGGGAUCUGAUUACACCCACCGAAUCGGGUGAAGAGAAUAAGAUCAGUCGCAAUCACAGUGGCCUGCACAAUUUGGUGCCGCGUGGACGCAAUGCCAAAGGUCGUAAAGGCGGUAAGGGUCCGAAAGAGAAUCCCGUGCCCAAAGAGAAAAUACCCGGCGCACAAAAUAUUCUCGAUCCGAAUCAUUGGAGUCGAGAUGAGAAAUAUAAUGCGGAAGAAUUUUUGGAACCGCCGUAUAAAAAGCACUUGGGACGACAUGCCAACAAGGUUUUACUACGUGUUCGAAUGCUGUACUACAUUAAACAUGAAGUGAUCGGUGAUUUGGUACAACAAAUAACUGACGGAGCCGUUGCAAGCGAACUCCCAAUUUGCCCGCCGCCAACCAACGAUCAGGUGCCAAGCUCUUGGUGGAUACCGAAAUGUUGCGAUAAAAGUCUAUUGGUGGGAACGUAUAAGCACGGCUGCGAAAAUUAUCGUCCGAUACGAUGUGAUCCGGCACUAUGUUUUGUAACACAUCUUGGUCCCGGCGACGAUACCAGCUUUAUACCAGCAAACGAGGACGAUGGCAAUUCCAAACACGAAACGGAAGAAGACGUUGACGACGAUGGCACGGCCACCAAAGAUUCGGACUCGAAAGCCACCGACUCGAAAGAUGCCGAAUUCGAUCGGCCCAGUUCAUCAGUUACACCCGCAGGAAUUGACGACGAUGAGAGUGUGUACAAUGCUGGUGGUGCUACGACAUCAUCAGCUCCUGACGAUCAAAUAUGGCCAUCGAUGCAGGAUUUGAAUACGCGAUUGCGUCGUGUUAUCACAUCGUAUCAGCGCAACUACAAGAAGGAAGAAUUGAAGCAACAGCAGAAGGCUAAGCUGCAAGCCAUGGUCAACACACAACCGGUGCCAACAUUACAAUCGGCCACAACAUCAGCCCAAAAUGCUAACACCAACUUAACCCAAGCAAUGGCUGCAGUCCAUCAACAGCAACAACAACAACAGCAGCAACAGCAACAACAACAGUCCCAGCAUCAACAACAACAAUCCCAGCAACAUCAACAACAACAAUCACAACAACAACAACAAAAUGCCCAGCAAUCCCAGCAAUCUCAAAUGCAACAAUCUUCACAACAAUCGCAGCAGGGCAAUGCGUCCCAAUCGCAACAUUUACCAACGGCAGCUGAUAUACAGCUGAUGAUCAGUUUAGGUUUGGGUUUGAAUCCGUCCGAUGCGUCGCAAUUGGCUAAUUGGGAUCUGCAAAAAUUGGCCAUGUUGUUGAAAAUGGAACGUCGUGACAAAAUCGAACAAGCCGUCAAAGAACGCGAACGUGUCCGUUUAGACGCUGUACAAAAGAAGUGGAAUCGUCGCGAAGAAAGUGAAUUCUUACGCGUACUUACCGGCUACGGCGUCGAUUUACAACAGUGCACAAACAUACCGACGCCGGAUUGGAUGCGAUUCAAAGCCAUGGCUAAAUUGGAUAAGAAAAGCGACGAAAGUCUGAGCGACUACUACAAAGUGUUCAUUGCAAUGUGUAAACGACAGGCGGGUGUAAGAUUAAGCGAAGAUGAUAAGGGACUGGAGGGUAUUAUCGAUGACAUUAGCGAGGAUCACGCACGGCUUGUGUUGGACCGAUUGGAGCUGUUGUCGAAACUGCGAGAGGUUGUAAAAAGUCCGCAGUUGGACGAGCGACUGUUGUUAUGUCAAAAUAAUUUCGAUACGCCUGACUGGUGGGAAUCGGGAAAACAUGAUCGAGAAUUGAUACGUGCCGUUCUCAAGCAUGGUCUGUAUCGCUCUGAAUACUACAUUUUCAACGAUCCGGAAUUCAGUUUCAGUAAAUCGGAACGAAUCUUCGUGGAAGAAAUGGAGAAACAUUUGAUGAAAGUUCAAUUGGCCGAGGCCGAAGCAGAAGCCCUGGACAAUAAGGAACGAAUCAUCAAAUUGGAGCAGGGUGACAGUACGAUGCACAUUGAAAAGGUGAAGAAAGAAGAACCAGAGGUGAUCGAAGUGAAGGAAACUGAAGAGGUGAAAGAGGUUAAGACUGAGGAAAGUCCUGAAAAAUCGAUCCCAGAAAAGGAGUCGACCACCGACGAUGAUGUCGUCGUUCCUGUGGCUGAUGAAGAGACUCCAGUUCGUAGCCCAACAGCGUCGCCAGAGAAAAUUGAGAAAGUCGAUGAUUCGAAGGCUGAAGAAACUAAAGAUGAAGACGUUGAAAAAAUGGAAGUUGACGAGGCGGAGGAUAAAAAAGAAGACGAAGAAAAAACUGAAACCGAUGAAACUGUCACUACUGAUGUCAAAGAAGAGGUUGAAGACAAGGUCGAAGAUAAAACUGAAACUAAAGAGAACGAUGUCGACGAACCAAUGGUGGAAGAUGUUCCGACCGUUGACAAAGACGAAAAAGUCGAAAAAGACGAGAAAGAACCAGCGGACGAGAAGGUCGAGACAAUCGAGAAAAACGACACAAAAGAAGAUGAAACUGAAGACAAGGAAAAGCCGGAAACUAAAGAUGAGAAGGAAGACGACGAUGUUGUUGCCGCUGAAGUUGAGACCGACAACAAGGAAGUCAAAGAACCUGCAACACCACCGGCCAAAGUGGAAGAAAUUAAAGAUGACGAUGAGAUUUUGGAAGAAGGCGUCGGUGAUCCAGACGACGACGAAGUGAUGAAGGAAAAGGAGAAGGCAGUGGAAGAAGAAUGCAAAAAGCAGGCGGCUGAAUUGAAGGCCCGUUUCCCUGAUCUGGAAGUCAUUCAACCGUUGGUGAAGGUGAAGCCAUCUCCUGAUCCAGUCAAGGAAGUGAAAGUCGACAAACCCGUCAUCAAAGCCGAAUACGUCGUCAAAAUACGUUGGUUCCGGGACUUUGCGUUAGAAAAGCGCAUUUCCCAUAUCAUAUAUUGUGUCGAACGACGCGCGUGGCCGGUAGGUAAAUCGUACUCGGCAUACACCGGAUGCCAAGGAAUGGACUUAGACAUUCCGCUCUACGAAACCGUUAAGCAUUUGCCGACGACACUGAAUCAAGUAGCCCGACAUGCAUCAGCUACACCCGAUGUUAUAACCAUAACCACCGAUCAAGGGCUGUCUAAGCAGCUACAAAAUCAAAUAAAUGCCACGACCAUUAAUCCAUUACAAGCGGUGGCUGCGGCUACAAGUAAGAAAAGAAAAAGACACAUUGCUAUUGAUGUUGAGACUGAACGCGCAAAAUUGCAUGCUUUAUUGAAUAGUACUCAAAGUCCAGCCAAUGCGUUCACCGUACCGACGAAAACCACAUCGGCGUGGAACGACGAAGAAUCCAAUGAAUCCCGUCGCAGCACCAAUUCAUCGACGAACCUUCAACCGCCGCCGGCACAUCAACAUCAACCGUUGACUAGGUCUACAUCGCAGACCCAACAGCAAACGUACACAAAGCCCACGGUGAUACCGGGCACAUCGAGUACGCUGACACCAAUUGAUUUGUCCUCAAGUUUGCCAAAGGUUAACAUGGCCGAUAUGUUGAAGAAUCCGAUCGAUUUGUCCGAGGUGCAGGACUUUUCGAUGUCCAAGAAGCAAGGUGGUGCUUCGUCAUUUGCCGGCAAAGGAAAAUUGGACGAUAUGUUGACGAAAUUGAUGAAGAAGAACAACUGCGCCGUUGAGGAGCCAUCAUCAGGUGGAAAAGAAAAGCGUCGACGAAAAUUGGACGAAAUUGUUUUGGGAUUGUCCGCUGCCAAAGAACAGAAAACUUUCCCUGAUCCAUCAUUGCCGUCGUCCAAGAAGCAACAAAUUACACCCAGUGUUUCUGUCACGCCAGCCAGUGCACCGACAUCUUCGUCGAAUCAGUCGAAUCAGAAACCGUUCACAAUCACCGUUACCAGUGUACCCGGUUCAUCGAAAUCAAAUCAAUCGUCCAACCAGUCGAGCAGUGGACUGGCUGCAUUGCAAAAUAUGGCACUGGGCGGUGGAAGCUCAUCGCAAUCGAUGAAGGACUCCAGUCUGAACGCUUUGUUUGCUCAAGCAGCUCAGGCCGAUACGGCGGCAUUUAUCAAACAGCAACAGAAAUUGCUGCAACAAUUGCCAGCCAAUUCACCGCAACGGAAAUCUUACGAGGCCAUUUUAGCGGAAAUGAAGCAAGCGGCCGAUUAUAACAGUUACGUGAACAGUUCCAAAUACAGUUCGCAUGAGGCUAAAGUGAACAAAUGGCUUGCUGAACAAACUGCUGCGUUGAACGACUCUCAUUUGGUUGAUUAUCGACGAUCAUCGUCGUCGUCUUCAUCUUCCCGUCAACAGCAACAACAACAGCAGCAGCAGCAACAACAACAGCAGCAGCAACAACAACAACAACAGCAGCAGCAACAGCAGCAACAACAACACCAAAAUAAUUCAAAUCCGCUGUCAGCUGGAAUGAAGAACUUAACUGGCGAAGAGAAUGUUGCAGUCAUUCAUCGAAUGAGCGGCAAACGCCUAACCGGAAACAAGGCACCUCAACUAAAGCGACUCAAUCAAUGGCUCAACGAAAAUCCGGCCUACGAAAUCGAUCCAAAGUGGAUCGAACUCAUUCAGACGCCUCAGUCGCCAUCGCCAAAACCAUCACCAUCCGAAAGUACAUCGUCUAGUACCUCGUCCAAACAACCGCAUCGCAGUUCAUCGUCCGGUGGACAAUCGGCCAGCUCGAAUCAACAAGGAUCGUAUUCCAGCCCGUCACAAUCGUCGAAGAAGGGACGGCCUAAUUUAAUGGAUGCCAAUGCACAAAUGCAACAAUUUGCUGGUCUGGCUGGGCUGAAUCCUAGCUUGUUGGCCGGUUUACCAAUGGGCGGUUUCGAUCCGAAAAAUCCAUUGCUCAUGCCAUUCGGUGGAAUGCCCGGUUUGGCCGGCAUGGGUGGUGGCUUGGGUAAUUUGAAUAAUAUGAAUCUGUUCGCCAAUUUGGCUGGAUUAUCCGGUUUGGGUGGUAUGGAUGCACAAAGUCUAGCUGCAAUGGUCGCUGCUGCUGGUGGAGCGAAUCUAGGAAAUUUGGGCAAGACGUCAAGCGGAAGCUCGUCAAAAGAACGUAAAUCAGGAGGAUCUUCGUCAUCCACAUCUUCCCAGCAACAACAGCAGCAGCAACAGCAGCAAUCGUCUAGCCAACAACAAUCUUCGAAAACUCCAACAUCUUCGGCAAAUACGUCGGGCUCGAAUUCAAACUUCCCGUUCCUGUUUCCGAAUCCAAGUUUGUUGUAUACGCCUCUCGGUUUGGGUGCACUGAAUCCAUACGGACAUUCGCCUGGAAUGUCCGUUUACGAUCAAUUGGCUCAACAGUACAGUUUACUGAACGGAGGAAUGUCAUCGACUGGUUCUACAUCGACCAGCAAUUCGUCGACUACGACAAAUGCACGUCAAAGCCAAGGCAAAUCGUCUGGCUCGUCAUCGCGAACCAGUGCAAUGGGAGGCUCAUCUACAUCCCAAUCGCCGAGAAGCCGAAAUUCAGCGAUGACAUCGGCUUUGAGCAGAGGUGACACAGCACAAUUACAAAGUUUAUUGAUGCCACAGGAUCCACAUUUGUUGGAAUCGUUGAGCCGUGUGGCCGGACUGGACAUUACGCAAGGUUCUCGUAUGUCCAGCAGUAGCAGCAAUAAAUCUCACAGCUCAUCGAAAGAUAUGUAUGACAAAGCGGAGAAAGAGCGACGAAAGUUGAUGGAAAGCAUUAAUCGUGGCGGACUAAGUGGGCUACCACCUGAUCUAGCUGCGAUGCAAGCGUUUGCUCAAGGUAAAUUACCUUCAUCGUCGUCGAAGAGUUCAAAAGAACCGUCGAUUCCAUUACCCAUGCCACCGGAAUUCAGUCAAGCUCUGUUCGCCGAAAUGGCUGCACAAGCUGCUGCAGUGGCUGCUGCAACAGCAAAUUCAUCGUCAUCCAAAUCGUCAUCAUCAGCAAAACUACGCGAACAAGAAAUGAAAGAGGCUUUCGAACAGUUGAGUAAAUCUCAAGUCGAACUAUUCGCUCGCAAUUUGGGUAUGGGAUCUGGAAUAUCACUGAUUCCCACUUCAUCAUCGUCAGAUCGACACACGUCAUCGAAUGACGAACACAAAUCGAGAAGAUCGCGACAAUCCGAUCAUAUAUCAAUAUCAACACCAAGCAAGGACGAUGUCACUGCUCAUAUGAUCUCGGAUGACAAACCGUCACCGUCACGCCGAAGUGAAACAACAAUGGAAAAGGUAACGCUAACACCAGUGGCUGCGGCUAGCAUUGCCUCACUUCCACCACAAACAACCAUUACGAUUGCACCGACAACAUUGCCUGCGUCAACGUCACACGUUCCAUCGUCGCUAUUGAGCACGAUGAGCAGCAGUAGCAAUGUACCAGAGAAUUUAAGCAGUUCACUGAAACAAAAAUCGCCGACACCACGUCCGAUGCCACCACCGUCACCACAACAGCAACUGUCGAGUCCAACAACUCGAGCAUCACCACUGCCACCGCUACCUCCACCGCAAUCCAUUCCACAAUCACAUCACGAAAUGGAUCUGGAAGACCUAAUAGCACCAUCCAAGGUGUCCAAAGGCAGUUAUGGCGGUGCAAAUGCGGGCGACGAACUGGAAAACAGCAGCGUCAGCGAUCAAGACCACGAAAUGGACAAACAAAAUAUGGAUGCAAGCAGCAACAGCAGCAAUCCAGACGAUUCCGAUAAGAAGGCGACAAGCGGUCGUCGGACGACACGGGGCAAGCGUCCACGAUCGGGCGACGAUUUCGAUGUGAUCGGCAUACCGGAACGGAAACGUGAACUCCGAUCGAGUGCGGGCCGUUUGGCUGCUGCAGCUGCGGCUCGGCAUGCUGCCGAAGCGAAACUGGCCGCAUCAUCACAGGAAACGUUGAAUUUGUCGACUAGUUCGAAUGAUGAUAAUGACCGGAAUGAAUCGUAAAGUGGGUGCGAGAUUCGUUCAGCAAAUUUCGGAAUAUUAAACAAAAUGGGGAGUGUUUGGUGAUUCUGGAAGUGAUUUUGUGAUUUUGUGUUUUACAUUGUUAUUUGGAAUUGGGGAUGCAUAAUCAGUGUGUUCACCGAGUGCGUUAUCGGUUUAUUUUUGGGGAGUAAACCGGAACGUGAGUGUGAGCAAAUGAAUUGCAUUUUCCAAAUGUGUAGACGUUUUAAAAUGUGGAACAAAAAAAAUAUAUUUGUGUAUCGGUCGUGUCUCAUUCAACUGUAUAAAAAAAGAAACAAAACAAAAACCACUUGUAAGAUAUAGUAGGGAAGAGAAGUGUGAGGGGAGAUGAAUUUUUUUUUUUAUUUAUUUAAACAAAUUGCAAAUUAUGCUUAUUACUUGGUAAGGAAAAUAUUCAACUUGUGGUAUUAAAAAUCAAAAGAAAAAGAAAAUUUGAGAAGAGGAAAAAAGUUAAAUUAAAAACUUAAGUGCACAGCGUGUAAAAAAUUAAAUUAAAAUAAAAUUGGUGAAAACUAAACAGACACAGAUGGCAGUGAAUUCAGUACGGACGAUUAUAUUAUUGGAAAAAAAAUGAAUCGCCAGGACGAUUAAGUUUAUUAUUAUUUUUUCUUUAUUUUUUAGUUUUAUAACAUAAUUUUCUUGCGUUUUUUUUCUAAAUAAAUUUCUUAUUUAUGUACACCCAUUCUCAGAAUAAGUAAGACGAGUAAAUUUGAUAGACAAAAAACAUUAAAAAAAAAUAAAUUAAAAGAAAAGAGAAAAAGUUACGCUGUUUAUUUUAGGGAAAAAAGGAAGAAAAAAAUGAGAAAAAUAAAAUAAUUUUUAAACUGUAAAUGCGACUGACUUAGUGACUUUCUUUUUUAACUUAAAUGAUGAAGAAAAAAAAACUAAAAAAAAUUCAACUUAACUGAAAUUAUUGUUUGUAAUUUGUAUAAAUGAACAAUUGUGUUGUCUUUAAAAGAAUAAUAAUAAAAAAAUGGAGAAAAAGCAAAAAAAAAAAAUAUUCAAAUUCAUGAAAAACAAUAAAUAAACAAAAAAAGUCAAUGUUUUUUAGCGUAACAUUGUGAGGAAUUAUUCAAAACAAAAAAAUAAGAAAUGGAAUGGACUAAAAAGAAGAACAGUGUUAUCGUGACAAAUUGAAAAUAAAUAAAAUUUAUAAAAAAAGAAGCGAAAAAGGAAAAAGAAGAGAAAUGGAAAUUAUAAAUUGAUAGAUAGAUGUAGUUCUUAGUGUGUAAUGCAAAACAUACCUUUCUCCACAACCGAAAAGAAAACAUUCAGUAAAACACAAGCAAGAGAGUAGAGAUGAGAGAUAGAGAUAAGAGGGUAGAAGUGAUAGGCUAACCAUUUGGUAAAAUUUUCCUCACAAUUGAUUUUUGUUGCUCAAUUUGUUUGAGUUGCUAAAGUUAUUUUCUGUUUUGUUCUCAACGUCCUGAAAACACAUAAAGCGAAGCGAGUAGGAAAGUCCACAUUUUUCCCCGCGUGCAAAAUCCUCAUAGACAUUUCCAGUUAAAAAAACAGUAUUGGACAAAUUUCCACCAGCGCAAUGUGAAAGGAAUUUUUUUUAAAUAUGACACAGCCGUCGAACUAUAAUUUUCAGCGAUUUCGAUUCCAAAUUUUACGUAUCGGCAGAAUGAAAUUGGAUUUUCCGAGGGGCGGAUAUUCUCCAAGAAAUUUUAAUUAUUUCCUUAGGAUUUACUGAGGAUUUUCGGAUGACUUUCCAUGAUUUUCUUUACGUUUUUGCUGGAUUUUUAAAGAUUUUCAUAAAUUUUGAGGAUUUUCCAGUUUUCAAAAAAAUUUCAAAUGAUUUUCCAACGAUUUUUACCGAUUGAUUUUUGUUUUUCCGCCCAACGGGAUUCUCUGUCGGAAGAAAAUCAAUCAAUUUUAUCAAUGCGCUACCUUUCGCUUGGCAUACAUGACCAAACAUUUCAACAAAAAUGAAGAGAACGCAGCAACAUACUCACCUUUACUCAUUAGAGACUUCUUUGAUUCACGAAAAAGUCUUGUAAAUAUCAGACAUUCGAUUCGAUGGAUUUACAUCCCAAUCGACCAAUUUCCAAUCAAAUAAAUACUUUUCGAAUUCGUUUCCUUUCGUCUUUAAUUCUUCAAUUUCAGCAAAAAUUGAUUCCGAAUAAUGUUUUUUAAAUCAGAAAUUUAUCUGUGGGGUUCAAUAGAAAAUAUUUGAUGAAAAUUGAGGGAGACAUCUCUCAUCUCUCUCACGAAUGAAUUUGUAUAAAUUCAUAAAAUUAGUGAAACAACAUCCUUAAUAUCCAGCGCAGAUUGAAAAUGAAAGUUACAAAUUGAAAUAAAAUUCAGAAUUAAAAUUUUUUUACAGCAACAACACACCCAAUAAUUUGAAACUGAAAAACAAACGAGAAAAACAUUCUUGAAUUAACGAGGAAAAAGUAAAAUGAUGAUAAAAAAUGAGAGAAAAAUUGAAUUGGAAUUUAAGCCCGAUUUCUAUUAGAGCUAAUGUAUUUACGAAAAAUAAAAAAAAAUUAAAAAAACAAAAAAGAAGAAGAAACAAAAGAAACAAAAAAUCUUUUUAAUUAAUUAUAUCUACGACACGAUAUCUAAGUUCUAAUAUAAUUAUUUUAUAUAAUAAACAAAACAAA